AAAUUAAAAUCAUAACAUUGCAUUCUGAUUUCAACUUGUAAUUUCAUAUAGUACUUUAUUUCAAUCAUCUUUAUAAUAUUCCCAUCAUGAAUUUGAAAGCCUUGUAGCUCAAUCUAACCAGUUUCGAAAUCCAAGUACUGAAUCUCUGAAACACUACCAUCUCAAUUAAAGGGUUUGAGGUGGUGGAUACAAUGAUUGGGCGAAGAGAAAGAGAAGGGCCCUUGAUGCGAAACAUCCCUCAUUCUCUACGAAAAUCUAAGAUCCUUACCGCCGUAGUAAUUGGCGUUCUUAUUGGAUGCGUCUUGGCUUUCUUCUUUCCUAAUGGCUUCUUGGUGUCUUCAUCUAUUGCAUCCAAUCCUCGAUCCAAAACCCAGGUGAAAUCAGCUGAAUGUGAAUCGUCCGAUAGAGUCAACAUGUUGAAAUCAGAAUUUGUGGCGGUAUCAGAUAAAAAUGCUGAGCUGAAAAAACAGGUGAAGGAGUUGACUGAAAGGCUUCGGCAAGCCGAGCAAGGGGAAGAUCAGGCUCAAAAACAAUUUCUUGCAUUGGGUAAACAGGAAAAGGCUGGACCUUUUGGUACUGUCAAAGGAUUAAGAACCAAUCCUAGUGUUCUUCCCGAUGAAUCUGUGAACCCGAGAUUGGCGAAGAUAUUGGAGAAACUCGCAGUUAAACGAGAGAUCAUAGUUGCACUAGCAAACAAUAAUGUGAAGGAGAUGCUCGAGGUUUGGUUCACCAAUAUCAAGAGAGUUGGUAUACCCAAUUAUCUCGUUGUUGCUUUAGACGACGAGAUUUCAAAGUUUUGCGAGUCAAAUCAAGUCCCGUUUUACAAAAGAGACCCGGAUGAUGGUAUUGAUACUAUUGGGAAAGAAGGAGGGAACCACGCUGUCUCAGGGCUAAAAUUCCGUAUCCUGAGAGAAUUUUUGCAGUUGGGAUAUAGUGUUCUUCUAUCAGAUGUCGACAUUGUAUAUUUGCAGAAUCCUUUUAAUCAUCUAUACCGUGAUUCAGAUGUCGAGUCCAUGAGUGAUGGUCAUGAUAACAUGACAGCAUAUGGCUUUAACGAUGUCUUCGACGAACCUUCAAUGGGUUGGGCUCGGUACGCACACACCAUGAGGAUAUGGGUUUACAACUCCGGUUUCUUCUAUAUCAGACCAACCAUUCCUUCAAUUGAGCUUUUGGAUCGCGUCGCAACACGGCUUUCCAACGAGAAGGCAUGGGACCAAGCCGUUUUCAACGAGGAACUCUUUUAUCCGUCGCAUCUUGGUUAUGACGGACUUCAUGCUGCAAGAAGAACCAUGGAUAUCUAUCUCUUCAUGAACAGCAAGGUUCUUUUCAAGACAGUGAGGAACGACGCUAACCUCAGCAAACUGAAACCGGUGAUUGUUCACGUGAAUUACCAUCCGGAUAAGCUUCCACGAAUGAAAGCGGUUGUUGAGUAUUAUGUUAAUGGGAAGCAAGAUGCUCUCAAACCUUUCCCUGAUGGCUCAGAAUAGUAAAACUUGUUUCUAUGUCUUAGUUAUUCAAAACAGUUUCACAGUACAUUUCAUUAGUGAUAAAGCAGAUGUGUAGGGUAAAAACAGAUCAUUUUAUGAGCACGUUACUUAUGCUUUUACUUUCAUUUUGAGACUGAGUUUUUCCCCUUUCCCUCUUUCUUUAUUUUCUGUGGUUUUUCGCAUUUGUUCUAGGCUUAUCUUAGUCUUACAUAAGAUUUCUUCUGUAACAUUUGUUGUAUUUUAAAUUAAAUUUUUUUAUCUUAUCUUCA